AUGUCAUCCACGCCAUCUGCAAUCAUCUUGGCCCGGCCUCGCUUCGCCCCGCCCUGCCCCUACCCCACCCCAACUCUCGUCAUUGGUGCCAGAACUGUCAACUACGCGUCAAAGGGAAAGGAACAGCGUGCUGUCACACUGCGUGUUGUGGAUGGAUACGUCUGUGAGCAGAUUGGCCAACUUAAAAAGCGUCGCACUAGAGUGGCGAAUGCCGAGCCCUCUGGACGUCCAGUCACUGUUGAAGACAAAAGAAGUGAAGAGCGCACUUAA